AUGACACAUCUUGAAUUUCUACGUCGAAUUGAAACAGCUGUUCUAUCAUGUGUAUCGUCAGAUCCAAUACAUCGCCAACAAGCAUACAAAUUUGUCGAAGAAAUUAAAUCAAAUCCAAUACAGUCAAUAUCAAUUGGUUUUGAAUUUUUCAAUAAAAAUCAAUUGUUCGAUCCAUUGGUUAAACAUUUCGGUCUACAAUGUAUUGAGGAAACAAUAAAAUAUAAAUGGACAUCACUUGAUUCACAAUUGAAAUUAUCAAUUAAAGAACGUUUAUGGUUACUGAUGACUGAACAUGAUCAAUUACCUGUUCAUCUUAAAACCAUUUUAGUUCGAUGUGUUUGUGAAAUCGCAAAACGUGAAUGGCCUCAACAAUGGCCAUUGUUUCUCGAUGAACUUGUUGCAUUAUCAAAAUUAAAAACAAAUGAUUAUUCAUUAUUAAUAUUAGCUUAUCUUAUUGAAGAUGUUAUUGUUCUUCAAACAUUAAAUUCAAUACGUAAACGAGAUAUUCAAACAACAUUAUUACAACAUGGAAAUAAACUUGUUGAAUUUAUUGAAUAUUUUCUUGAUUUACCAAAUACAAUAUCAAGUUCAUUAUAUGCAUUAACAAUGUUUGCAACAUUUCUUCCAAUUGAUUUAUUUUUCACAACAAAAAUUAUUCAUAAAAUUGUUCUCUUACUUAAUUCACCAAUACAUCGAAUGAAAGCAGCAGAAUUCUUAAGUGUUAUUUCAGAUCGUCGUGGUAAAUAUGAAGAACGCUUACCAUUGUUACAGCUUUUUUUAUAUUUAUUUCAAAAUGGUUCACAUUAUAAUGAUGUAUAUUCAACUGUUGACAUUAAACAAUCCAAUGAUAUGUACGAUUUUAUGAAACAAUAUGCAAUGGUCAUUACAGCAUUAUGUGAUCAAUUAUGUUACUUGUGUGGUGGUGAAGGUUUAAAUAAAAAGGCUCCGCUGCCUGAACAAUGUUCAAACGGUAUAUUCUUACAAUUAUUAUUAGCAUUAAUGCAACAUCCAAGUAUUUAUAUAGCAUUAUAUGGUUAUCAAAUGUGGUUACAAUUAGUUAGAGCUAAUAUAAUUCAAGAGAAUGAUUAUCAAAAUAUUUUACCUCUUAUUUUUCGAGCUUUAUGUCAUUCGUUGGUGAAACAACCAUAUAAGAAAACUAAUGAUGGACAAGACGUAGCAUUAUCUUACAUUCAUCAUGAUUUUGAAGAUGAACCUGAUUAUCAAAAAUUUAUUGGUAAAAAUCGUGCUAUUCUCAUUCGAUCAAUUAACAUUAUAUGUAACACAAGUGAACAUUUAUCUAUAGCAAUACGUAUUGGUUUUGAUUAUGCUGAUUAUUGUUUUCAAUCAGUCAAUAUUCAAAAUCUUCUUCUUUUCGAGUCACUUGUUUCCUAUUGGCAAAUCAUUGAAAAACACUUACGAUUAUUAUUAAAACCUUUAGAACCAUUUAAUAAUAGAAAAUUACUUUCUAGUACAGAUGAAUUAUCUUUUUGUCAACGUGGUCAAGCAUUAAUUGAAAAAUUAUUAUCAAUCAAUAAUGAUAAUAAUCUGGAAUUUCUUGCUUAUUCAUUACGUUUAUUAACAAAUUUAUACGUGUUUACUCGUGGUGAAAAUACAUGGACACAACGUAUACUUGAACAUCUAUUUCGUACAAUAACAACUGAACGACAAAUGGUACCAAAAUCGAAUCCAUUACAAAAACAAGCAAGCUGUUUAAUUGAUCUUUGUUUAAAUUAUGGUCAUACAAUAGUUAUAUAUUUUAAUGAUUUGUUUAAAGUAACACAGGAUUUAGUUCGACAACAAACAUCGAUGGAACAACAAACUAAACUUGCUGGUUGGCAAUGGAGUAUAUUAGUCGAAUGUUUAGCUAUACUAUUGAAUCAUUUUGAAUCAUUUGAACAAAAAGCUAUUUUUAUUAAUGAACUUGUGCAACCUUUUGCACAAAUAUUAAGUAAAUUUGAUUUACAUGUGAAUGAUUUACGAAGCUUUAUUGAUUACAUUGGACUAAAACCAACACCUGAUGCAAUAUCAGCUAGUAAUCAACGUCUCAUUUUUCUCAGUAUUCAUAUUCUUUGUGGUCUUUUACGUCGUAUAACGCUUCCAACUGAUCCUACCAUAUGUUCCAACGGUGGUUAUCAAGAAACUUUCGAUGGAAUUGUAUACAUUCGCAAUCCAGCUGCACCUAGUUUUAUUCAACUAACUCAUUGUUUUUUUAAACUAUUAACUUAUUGUCAUGCAUUACAUUCACCUGAUUCUCCAUUAUCAAAAUCAUCAUUGUCAUUUCUAUCGACAAUGACCGAUGCCGAUAAAGCAGUUUACCUGCAACAACAAGAUAAUAAUGAGGAUGCCAAUAUAUUAUCAACAACUCAAACAAAUUCGCCAAUCUUAUCUACAAAUGAUCGUCGUUUACAUAAUCGUUUUUCAUCAUUUCUUGAUCGAUUGGAAAUUUUAAUUGGAACCUAUUUAACAUUGAAACCUGAUUUAUAUAAAUUAAAAGAUUCAUUAAAUAUCAUUGGUACAACAUUAUUUUCCUCGCUCGAGUAUAUACCUGACUUUCGUUUACAAAAUAUCGUGCGUUAUUGUUUUUUACCAUUUGUUCGACAUUGUCCUAUGUCUACAAUUAUGAUUCCUAUAUUUGAAUCUUUACUUCCAUUUAUGUAUACAAAAUUAAAGGAUAAAUGGAAAAUUAUUACUGAAAGACAAAGUAUAAAAGUUACUAAUGGAAAUAUUCAUGAGAGUAAUGAUAAUCUAUAUCAAACACAAGAACGAUGUGAAGAAGAAGUAAUCGAAGAACAGGUAACAUGCUAUUUAACUCGUGAUUUUAUUGGUGUCAUCAAAAAUCUAUUAAUACGUCAACACAACAAUAGUGAUAAUCUAGGUCAAUUGAGCAAUGGAAAUGAUAUUGACGAAACAAGUAUGGAUGAGAUAAUGAUCACUACCGAUGAACAAUCACGUAAACCAUCAGGACAAACUCGUUAUCACCAGAUGCCAAGUGAUUUUGCUCUAAAAGUUCUACAAGAUUCGCCAAUAAUUUGUCAGUAUUGCUUAUUAAUUCUUUUCGAUGGACUUUCAUGGCCAGAUACAUCAUCAGUAACAAAAAUGGCACAAAUAUGUCAAGCAUUAGUCAAGCACCUGUCUAUAUUAAUCAAUGGUAAUAAUGAUUUUUUAAGACAACUUUAUAUUUAUAUAUUAUGUGCACUUAAAAUUCAUGGUGACAAUGAACCCAUUGCUUGUACAUUACUUUCGUUAGCUACAUUGAUGUAUGAUACAUUUCAACAAACAUCAUCGAAUCUAUUUGAUAGUGUUCAUAUGGAAAUACCUGAUGUUACAAAUGAACAAGUAAAUAAUUAUCGUGAUAAAAUGUUACGACAAGUCAGUGGUAAACCAUUAAGUGAUAAACAAAAACGAGAUAUUCUAAAACAAUUAGUACAACCAUUAAUGGGUCAAAAUGUUGCACAAAUGUUUAAACGUGAACCAUUAGCUCUCAAUAAUUUACCACCAUUAAUACGGUUUUCAAAACGCUCACUUCAUCCAGUUUUACAACAUCAUCAACAAUCAAAUGUAGAUAAUGAAGAUGAUCAUGGUUUAGCCAAUUUAUUUCAACAUACGGAUGACUAG